AUGUAUGACAACUUCUUGGAGAAAAUAAGUUUCGCUUCAGUUAAUUUACUAUCGAAGCUAAACUUUGGAGACAACAAAGAGGACCGAAAAAAAUUAAAGGGCAUAAAAAAGGCUAAAAAAAAUGUGACGACACUUCCGUUGCUAUUAAGAAUAGAAGAUGACACAAAGAGGAAAAAAAAAAAAACAUUUCAGGACACCUACAAAAAGGAACAGCCAUUUUUGUAUUUGCUCAAGAAAAACAAAUACUCUCAAAUCAAAUUUCUUCUUAAUGACAUUGUUAAGACCUAUACUGAGAGACAAUUUCUGAGCGACUUGUCUUUGAAUUUUUUGUGCAAGCUAGUUAGGAAGGAAAAAUGUGCCAACAGUUUGAGUCCACGCGAUGCCCACACGCUGCUGCUCAUUUUGAGUCGGGAGUUUUUGGCCAGGCAUGGUGGCGAGGCGGCCGCCACGAGUGGUGCUGUGCAUUACAAUGUGAGAGAUGGUGGGCAUGGCGAUUUCAAAGGGGUCGGUGACCACUGGGAGGAUCCCCCCCUGGAAAACCACCGAGACGCGAAAAUUUUAAAAACCAGCUGCUACUUGUUGCGACACCUAUUUUUGAACAGGGAGGGGAGCGAUAUGGUGGACGACACCUUUGCGAUUCUCUUUUUAACAAAACUGAAUUAUCUGAUGGACAGAAAAAACGACCUUGGGAGGAAAGAUCUUAGGCAUAACUACAGCUUUUAUUUCUACGUCCUCCUCCUUUACUACUACCUAUAUGUGUACAACAACACGAAGAAGAUGGUGUUGUUCCCCGGAGGGAGGAUUUUUAGAUACUCAUUCGGGGGCACCAAUGAGAUGGCACUGAUUCAUAAAAAGUACGACUCUGUGAAAGACAGCUCCAUGUACAAUAUGAAGAGGUAUGGAAUCUACACAGGGACUAACAACAUUGUUGACACAGAUGAAGAUAAAAAAAAAACGAAGGAUUAUUUCAAAAAAAAGACGUAUGCACAUUUCUUAAAAGACAACUAUUCCAUAAAUUUUGACUGCUUAAAGGAGAAUAUGCAUCUCUUCUUCAAAUUUAAUGAUAUGUUGAAUGUACAUUUUAUCACACACAUGGACAAACUGAAAGUUUUACAAUUGACUUCUCAUGAGUGUGUUCUGAGAAGGAAGUCUCACUUGAUGAGCGAAUCGGUGAACAAUUAUUUGAUGCUAUGUCUUCGGCUUCUUUUUAAAUUGAAUAGUAAACGGGAGGGAGAUAAAUACACCCAAGCGGAAUGCAAUAAUGGUGUGCCGACCAACAGUAACGGAAAUGCGAGGGGUGGAGAAAAGAACGACGCGCAUCUUUUCACAUCAGAAAAGGAAAAAAAUAAACGAAGAAGAGUGCCAACCAAUUUAUUAUUAACAAAUAUUAACAACAAAAAGAAGAACCAAAAAAAUAAGUUACUUUUAACCGAACUGUUGUACCAAGCAAUUGACUAUGUGACGUUAAAUGAGGAGAUGCCUCCGUGCAGCCGCAAACGGAAUAACAACAUUAUUGAAGAUGGACUGAGCGAAAUAGUUAAUUGCCUUGAGAAAAAAUUUAAACUCAAGUACGUAGGAAGCACAAAGGACGUGGACUACCUCUCACAAAGUGAAAGCAAAAAAAAAUCCAAAAAUGAAAAAAAUGCUGACAGUGAAGAGAACAUCCUAUUUAACAUCAUCAACAUAGACAACAAAUUGAAAAAUAAAAAUAACUUAAACGUAGAGACUUUGCUAAAGAAGAUAAAUGAUCUUCUCAACAUCGGGAAUGACCCGUCUGUCUACGUCGACUCAGGGCUUCACAUUAUAAUCAGGAAUAUGUGCCUCAACAGGCUGAACUCGCUAAACGUAGAUUUGCUCUUCCUCAUAAAUUUGUACUCGAACAAUAAUUUUAAAAAUAAGUUUUUUCAUUACGAUUGGAAGUUGGCGACUUCGCCGUGGGUUAGCGAAAACGCCCGAAGGAGUGACUACCCAUCCGAGCAUCGCGAAAAUGGCAGCGGGGGUGUCGCCCAAGACACGCCCAUGGGCGCUCCGAAUGAAGCUGAAAAAAGUGGGCAAACAGCAACAGAAGAGGGUGAGAAGCCCGAUAGCCUUCCUUCGGUAAGCCUCCCAUCCCCGAAUCUUCCAUCCAUGAGCCUUCCAUCCUUGAACCUCCCAUCCCUGAAUCUUCCAUCCAUGAGCCUCCCAUCCAUGAACCUCUCCGCCCUGUACACCCCGCUGACCAAGAAAGCGGAGGACGACUCCUUCAAAGCAGAAGCAAAAAAAAAAUCUCAGACCAUGGCAAAAAGGAAAGAUAAGCACAUCUAUGGAGAGCUGUCACUAUGCUUAAAAAUCAUUGCAAACAGUUUCGCCUACAAAGAUCUUUGCUUCAGUUCCUUCUCGAUCUUAUAUUUUAUGUAUAAAAAUUUACUAGACAAUAUAAUGAGGGUAUCUUUUAAUUUUACGUACUUUAUUAGUACGGAGUUUUUUUUUUUCAAUGACAGUAUGAAUUUUCUCUCGCUUGCAAAUUUGAAAAGGGACCUAAUACCAAGUUCAGUCUACUUUGACAGCAUAAGAGCAUUUACCAACAUCAAAUCGCACUAUAGGUAUUUCCUUGGGUUGAUCACAAAGGGAGCGCAGAAGGAAGAGGUCAAGAGUUGGAAGCAGAUUCCAGUUCUCUUGUCCAGUUUGACGGGUGACACGGGGAAAGAUGUACACAGCGGUGGAGAAGCAUACAGAGGUGGAGACUCAAACAAAGGUGAAGAAGAAAAUCCCCCGGCGGAACACCAAAGAGUGAAAAAAAAAAGAAAGAGAGAAGGUACAGUGCGCGGGCAGGGCAGGGGAAUAAUCCAUCAACCGUGGCUCACCCCGUUCGAUCUAUUUUUGGACAGCGUGGAUAAUCUGCUGAAGGAUACCAUGGUGGAUCAGAAACUAAAUUCGAAGGAGUUCCUAUGUGAAUGCCCGACUCACCAAACUUCCUAUUUGGCGAAGAAGAAGAAGAAAAAAAAAAUGCUCCUAGAUGAGCAUAUGUACUUGAUUAGCAGUUACAAUCAUCAUUUUUAUAAUUUGCACCAUCGAUUCUUUCCAAUCUAUACGUAUUCCACAAUGUGUCACAUACACAGGAAAAAGGGAAAGGACCCUGGGGAGGCAAAACCAGGGAAGAGGGAAAAAAUGGGGAACCACACGAUCGAAGCCAAUGUAGCGGCAAAGCCGUCACCCAGAAGGAAAAAGAAGAAGGUGGACAUAGUGAUGGUGCACGGGCUAAGGGGAAACGCCUUCCGAACAUGGAGGUUGUCCAACCUGUACCAUAACAGCCCCAAUUAUCGCUUCUAUUACCGAAAUGACAAUUUGAAAAGGUACGAGAAGGGCCUUAUGAACACACAGACGCGCAGUAGUGACAGUGCGAACGAGACUGAUGAUAGCACAGAUGAGAGCAAACAUUACAUGUGGUCCUUCCUCGAUAUAAACGGACAAAAGGAAAACAGAGAUUACAGCCAAUCACUCAGUGGACGCCUAUCCUCGGAGAGAAAUGAGCUGAAAGAAAAAGAUGACGAACUUUUUAGUGCCAUAAAUAACAACACAGACAAAUUUAAAGAAAAUCAAAACGUCUUUGUUUUUGACGAAUCAAGUAAGGAAAUAAGGAAGUGCAUAAAGAUACGAAAUAGCUUUCGCUUUGUGGCAAGAGAGGAUUUAAUACGCACGCUGCUAUUAAAUUAUAAGUAUAAUCAAAACGUCUUUUCCGUUUAUACGGACACCCGAAUUAUUAACAAAAAUAUUUUUAAGUCCAUUUUUUUGAAUAAGAAUAAAUUGAAAAAUGAUCUGGAUCUUUACAGCGAUUUGCUGUCCUACCUGUUGUGGCCCGUUUAUUUAGUGUACCCUCGGAGCAAACGUUCGAAUAUUUUCAUUUUUAACUAUCACUCCCCGGUCUCCCCUGAUGGGAGCUACUACGUCAAGCGGGGUCGCCAGAAGGGGGGGAGGGACUCGGCGACGCGAGACAAGCUGCAGAAAAGGGACAGCAGAGAGCAGGGAAGUGGCGUAGAAUGCGUAGCGGGAAGAAGCGUAGAAACAAACGAGGAAAGCUACACAGAAAGAAACGCCGAAAGAAACGCAGAAGGAAGCACAGAAAGAAGUGCAGAAACGCACCGAGUGGGACUUCUCAACAGCUCGAUUAACGGAGAAGAUAAGGAGUCGGACAGCCACGGGUAUAUGUUUUCCCAGUUCAGCUCACUUAAUUCCCUAUUUACGAAAAAGGAGGAAAACCAAAAACAGUCUUUUAACAAAAAAAAAUAUUUCUACACAGACAGAAUGAAUCUGGAGGAGUUGUCCAUUUUUCUUUUAAAAAAAUUAAAAGGCAUAAACUUAGGAAGGCAUAAUGACAUUAUAUUUAUUGGUCAUUCCAUGGGGGGGUUAUUAACACAGUACGUAUUGCUAAAAAAUGAUGACAUUCUGAGGAAGACCAAAUUUGUGUUUUUUUACGCUUCUCCCCAUUUUGGUUCCCCCCUUUCCUCGACCGCUUUUUUAUUCAAAAAAUUUUUAUCGCCCUAUGUUUAUCAGCUCAAUAACUACGAUUCGACUCUGAGCAACUUGCAGUAUUCCUUUCGAGAAAGAAUAAAGAACUCAAACAUCAAGGUUUAUUCCUUCUCGGAGUCGGAGAAAACGCCCUUGCCGUUUAUAGGUGUCCACACAAUGAUCGUCCCAAGCGUCAGCUCCUAUUUGAACUACUCCAAAAUGUUUACAAUCAUCAAGGACUGCGAUCAUCUCGAAUUAAGUAAGUUAAAUAGCGAGGAUGACGUAAAGUACCAUUAUUUGAAUAGGGCAAUAAGGGAGGUACUGCGGGCGAAAUAG